AUGCAGUCAUUGGGUCAAGGCGGACACAUUGGUGGUCCAGGUAUGAGUGGAAUGCAAGGCGGCCCUCCUAUUGGACCGGCAGGCGCUUCACAAAUGGGUGGCACAGGUCCUCAACUUGUUCCUGGUGGACCACAAAUAGUGCCGUCUGGACCAAUGGGACCAGGAAGUCUUCCAUUAGGUCCAGGAUUAUCGGCUGGUCCUAAUCAGCAGCUUACGCAAUUGGGUCAACCACAGAAUGGUCACCCACCACAAGGGUACGGGUAUAGUCAACCGCAACCUGGCGCCUGGUCAAAUCCGUCAUCGAAUACAACUUUGAUUACUGGAUAG